ACAUCGUGAGACAAACGAUAAUACACUUUAUUAUUGCAUCUACCACGAUGAAUAACAACAACCUUUUCCUCGACAUAUAAAAAGUUAGUUGCACCUGUUGAACGCAUGUAUUGAAAAAUUUUCUUGUCAACGAUGUUAUGUAUAAUUUGCUUCCAGAGGUUACAGUUUUUGUUAUUUUAAUGUUUCUUGCACUAGCUGUUCAGGUUGAGAUAUUAGCAGCGAAACUGUUCUUUGUAAAUUGCGCUUAAAUCAACAAAAUAAUGUCAGAGAAGAGAAUCAACAUAAAGUCGCACGAAAGCGGCAAAAGUUUGCCCAGAAAUAGAAUGCACAAGCGAGAAAGCAAGCGAACAAAUGAAUUUUGAAGUAACCCGACUAAAGUUCAUCAGAUACGACAGUACUUUCUUCGUUCGCAGAAUGUAUCCUUAACAAUCUACAGUUUUUAUGCUCCAUGGUUGCGCUCAAAGAUAUCCGUUUAACAUUGUAAGACUGCUAGUUUUUCCUGAAAUGAUCUCGCUGACUCAUCCGUUCAACCAUUUAAGCUGUCUGUUUGUGAACUUUGGUUAACCGUUCAACCAUUUAAGCUGUCCGUUUGUGGACUUUAGUUGACCGUUUAACGGUUCAAGCUAUCCAUUUUUGGACUUUGGUCAACCAUUUAAUGUUUCAAGCUAACCGUUUGUUUUUUUGGUUGACCGUUUAACACUUUAAGCUAUCCGUUUUCUGACUUUGGUCAACUGUUUAAAUUUUUUGCUAUCCGUUUAAACGGUUAUGGAAACCGUUUAAACGCUUGAGUUAGCUGUUUAGUAUCCAUUUAGAACCAUUUUUCUUGACCGUUUAACGAAAAAGCGUUAGUGUCAGUUUUCCCAAAGAAGGUCACAUUUUUGGUCCAAGGGCGACAGCAGUCAUUGUGAAAAUUCUCCAUCCUUUCAAGUAUCCUAGACCUGGAGUGAUGUCUUUCAAAUAAAAGUAAACUUUAUUCACCAACUGUCUGCUAUGUUUACUUGUCGAAAUGGCAAAGAUGGUGAGCUUAGUAACUGAGCUCUAGUGGGGUGAAUAUAGCGUCAUGUGAUGAGCUUUUGAGCCAAUCAGAAUGUCCAAUUCUUAUAUUCACCUCUGGAAAUUGUACUAAGAAAUUUUAUUUCUGUUAUCAGGCAUAAUUCUGAGGCCAUGAUUCAUAUGGGACUAUCUCUUUUAACUGUUGCACUUGAGUCUGGUUCUCACCACAUUGGAACUUUUCCAUCACUCAUGAACUUUGUCAAGGAUGACUUGUGCAAAAAUCUCUUCUGGCUUGUCCAGUGUGAUUUUCUUGGUUUGUUUACCAUGGCUUUGAGAGUGUGCUUCCUCUUGUUUGAAGGCCUUCGAGCUCACUUGAAAUUCCAAAUGGAGAUGUUCUUUAAAAAGCUGAUGGAUAUCUUAGCACUUGAUCUUCAAAGUGUACAUUAUGAGAAAAGAGAACUUAUACUGGAUGCAAUCAAUCAGGUGGUUGAAAUUUGUUCCCAACAAUUACUUUGUGCAGAGCAGCAUUGGAAAGGUUUUCUUCAUUGUCAUACUAGUUCUGUUUCCGUGUUUGCCUCUGUCUACCAGUAGGCAAAAUUUUCCAUUUAUUUUUAAUUGCACUGAGAAGGCCAUAGUAUACAGUGAAACUAGAUUUAACUUUGAAAAGGUUAACAAAUUCUUGAUACGUUAGGAAUUUUCCGCUAUUAGAGUUUAAGAGGUGUUUAACUUUUGUAACACCCGCCUUGUGCCAUGACUCAUAAAAUAUUGGCUUAGUUGCGAUUUUUACUUCAUGGUUGUUCCAUAUUAUGGCAUCGCAUGGAUCUAUUUUUUUCUUGAUCUAUUUCAGCUCUGAUUUUUUUUAUCAUUUCCCAACAAUUUAGAAUUUCUGAAUAGAAACAGGAAUGCUGUUUAAAUUGAGUUCUUUAGUCUUAUAACUGCAUGGUAGUAAGAACUUAAAACCACCUAGGUGUCGAGUCAUGUAAUUGGGGAUGAUUUUCCACGGCGCAUCCACCUCUGUAUUAAAUCAUCUCACCCAUGAAACUUUCAAGGCUUUAUUCAUCUUGACUCAAAUUCACUCAUUUUUAGUGCAGAGUGCACUAUUGGAAUGGUUUGGGGCUUGACGUUGCUAAAGUACUAUGGCAAUAAGGCACUAAGGGACUAUGGCAUGAACGUGUAAACUUCAAUGUUUGUAUAAUUAAUUAAUUUCAAUUAAUUAAUUGGGCUUGUAGCAAGGGGGUAGGAUGGGGUAGGUACUUGUGAGCACUACAUAAAAUGGGUGGUGCAUGUACCUACGUUACUUCUCUGAGUACUUCAGAAAGCUAUAUAUUUGUUUCAGAAAGUCCCUUGCUCUCCUUGUGGUACUUUUCUCUUUAGAACAAAACCAAUAUUUGCCCUAAACACAUACGCAGAUUAAUAAGUGUUAGUGUCAACUACAUAUCAGGUGAGAGAUACAUUUUAUACAAGAUCACACACUGAUGUUGAGCGCUUUUCCUUGUGGUAGAACUCUAAUAAGUCGUACGCAUGCAUUCCAGCAUCGUUAGCACGAUAGAAGAAUGCUAGGGUGACUGGGUGUCUUUUGGAAUAACGCCUAACUUGGUUCAAGAAAUAUCAUCUGUUGUUUUCAAACUACACUAGGGCGUUUAUUUCAUCCUUGUCUCUAUCAAAGAGACCAAAAUGUUCAUACCCCAGCCGAAACCCUCCCAAGUAAGUGGCCUUAAAACUUGUCAAAUUGUACAAAAAAACCAGGAGACUGCUCAAAUAUUGCUGCAGACUCCGUGGCACCUACUGAAAGCAUAAAUUUUAUCAGUCUGUGAGGGGACUCAUUCACCGAUGAAGGAUAUAAUCUCGGUCAAGUAGCGCUGUUUACUUUCAAUACCUCUCAUUGAAAUUCUUCUCAGUUGUAUUAAUCGAUAUCAGUGUGUAUUUUAAAUAUAAGUGCUUUUAUUGUUAGCGCCAAAGGUGGCAACAGAAUGUGCUGUUCCGUGACAAUUUGAUAAUUAGAUUAGUUCUUGUUUAUU